AUGCCCCAAGUACCCUGUUCUCUGUACCCAUCUCCUUCCAAGCCUCCUCAUGUGCUCCUGCAAGUGCCUGGUGAUCCUUGGACAUGGCAGAAACAAGCAAUCCUGACAGGAUCUAGUCUGGUCUUGAUUGGAAGUCUUGCAUGGGUUCCAGCUUGCUAUGUGUGGGCCUACAAGAGAUGGAAGGCAGUCAAGGACAAGCGACGAAAGGCUCUCUAUGGGGCCCUGAUGUUUGCACUGACUGCCUUGUUUGUGGCAGGUCCUCAACGGCGUCCUUGGUUUGGUAAACACAUUGGAUUUAACAAAUGGAAAAUAUGGCAUCUGUGGUGUCAGUUCAUGGCACUGGAAGUCUGGAAGGACAGUCGAGCACAACUAGCAGCAUCAGCAGCCCACGAGGAGUACAAGUCAGCACAAAGCAUUACUGCCAUUGUUCCUCAUGGCAUUUUUCCAUUUUCUAUUGGACUGGCUGGAAUUCCAGAAGUGGCAGAAAAGGCCUUUGGAAGGGUAAGGAUUGCCAUUGCCACAGCCACCAAUUUAUUUCCUGUUGUCAGAGACAUUGUUAGCAUUGUUAACACGGUUGAUGUCUCACGCACAGCCGUUCAUGAAGCUCUGACAGAUGGAGCUCGGCUCGCCCUCCUUCCAGGUGGGAUUCCAGAAAUGUUUGAAGGGUAUCCAAGACAAUUGACUCAUCCUGAUGAUGAGUUUGCAAUUAUACCCAAUGGCUUUGUCCGGAUGGCAAUCCAACACAAAAUACCUCUUAUGCCCGUGUACUGUUUUGGAGCGACCAAAUGGUUCAAACGCGUGCGGUUGCCGGAAUGGCUGGAGGCUCUAAGCUUGAAGCUGCGGAUAGGCAUUUGCAUAUUCUAUGGUGCCUCGGGAUUGCCAAUUCCCUUUCGACAAAAAGCAUUCUAUAUAAUGGGAGAUGCCAUACAACUGCCUGCAGAAAUACAACAAUCUCCAAUUGACGCCUCACAAGAAGAGGUCAUGACGAAAGAGCUGCAUCAGCAAUUCUGUGAGGAAUUGAUGCGAAUGUUUGAAAACAACAAAGAAGUCUAUGGGUGGGGACACAAAGUCUUGCAUCUAGUGACAAGAUAG